UAGGAAGCCCGGGGAACCGGCGGCGCGGUCAGCCGGCGGGGGAGCUGCUGGUCCGUGCGCUCGUGGCUGGCCAGCAACUUGGCUGGGAGCGGGGCCAGCGAGCGGCGCCUGCCCGAGGGGAGCGGGCUGUGGGACAGGCCGGGGAGGCAGCCAGCCCGCGGGAGGAUGCAGACGGCCGCGUAGGGAGCUGGGCCAUGCCCCGGGGGGCCAGGCUGCGCACACGGCAAUGGACCAGGUUUCUUCUAUGGGCGCUGAACUCCCAUAGGCUACCUAUGCCUAUUGCCUGUGAUGGAAGAACUUGAUGCUAAUGUGAGUUCGAGUGAGGGGUUCGGCGUGGCAGAGAAGGUCGCACUGCUCAUCUUUAUCUCGGCGGUUAUACUCAUGGCCAUCCUGGGGAACUUGCUGGUGAUGGUGGCAGUAUGCAGAGACAGGCAGCUCAGGAAAAUCAAGACCAAUUAUUUCAUUGUCUCACUUGCCUUUGCGGACCUGCUGGUGUCGGUGCUGGUGAUGCCCUUUGGAGCUAUUGAGCUGGUUCAGGAUAACUGGAUUUAUGGAGAGAUAUUCUGCCUGGUCCGAACAUCUCUAGAUGUCCUGCUCACCACAGCAUCAAUCCUUCACCUGUGCUGUAUCUCCCUAGACAGGUAUUAUGCUAUCUGCUGCCAGCCUCUGGUUUACAGGAAUAAGAUGACACCACUGCGCAUUGCUCUAAUGCUCGGAGGGUGCUGGACCAUCCCGACAUUUAUUUCUUUUCUCCCUAUAAUGCAAGGCUGGAAUAGCAUUGGUAUAUUAGACUUGAUACAACAAAGACAGUUCAACAAGGCUUCCAACUCAACCUACUGCGUAUUCAUGGUCAACAAACCCUACGCCAUCACCUGCUCAGUGGUGGCCUUCUACAUUCCAUUCCUCUUGAUGGUGUUGGCCUACUAUCGGAUCUACAUCACGGCCAGGGAGCAUGCCCGCCAGAUCCGGAUCCUCCAGCGUGCAGGGGCACCUACAGAGGGGAGGCACCACCCGGACCAGCAUAGCACUCACCGUAUGAAGACUGAGACCAAAGCUGCUAAGACCCUGUGUAUCAUCAUGGGGUGCUUCUGUCUGUGCUGGGCCCCAUUCUUUAUCACUAAUAUCGUGGACCCGUUCAUAAACUAUACUGUACCUGAGCAGCUGUGGACAGCUUUCCUGUGGUUGGGCUACAUCAAUUCAGGGUUGAACCCCUUCCUGUAUGCCUUCCUGAACAAGUCUUUCAGACGUGCCUUCCUCAUCAUUCUGUGCUGUGGGGACGAACGCUACCGAAGGCCUUCCAUCUUGGGGCAAACUGUUCCCUGUUCCACCACCACUAUAAAUGGAUCAACGCACGUGCUAAGUGGCUGUUCUUCUAUCUCCAAGUUCCUCCUGCUGUUCUGCAAUAGACCAGUUCCUGUCUAACCCUGAACAUGCUCUGUACACAGUUUUACGUAAUGGGCAUCAUCAGGAACACGAGAAGCUUCCCAUCCACAAUGACCCAGAAUCCCAGGAGUCCUGUUUCUAAUGAAGACCCUGGCAGGAGAACCGCACACUUGCACACCAGAUGAUUUUGGGCAGCAGGAUUCUAACGCAAGCUCAUAUGUCUGCAUUUCCAUGGUGCCUCCUGUAUUGAUUUGAUAGGAAUGGCGAACAGCAUGAAUAUGGUGACUGAUGAGGCUGAGGGGACGCAAUGUGCAGAACUAUUGAGGAGACCUCUCUGUUGCUUCAGGAGGAUGUCUGGACUUUAUUAACGCAGCAGGGCCUUAAUGUCAGUGCUUUUCAGAGGUGUGCAAACUUCCAUCCCUGUAUACAAAAAGCACACACACAGGCCUUCGCACACACAUACCCACACUGAGAUUUAUGCUUUUUCGCCAGCUGCCAUUUUUUGCUGCAUGCCUCCUCUUUGUUUUGUGGCAACAAUAUUGUGAUCUUAAAGAUUUCAAAGUCUGACUUGAAGUGGUAAUGCUGAACUGCAGUAAAUGCCUCCUGUGUCUGCUCAAGGUCACACCUACGCCUAACAUGGUGCUGUCAGGAGAGAUGUAGUGCUUAUGUUUUCUUUCUGAAAAGAAGAGGAAUUCUUUUCCUUCUCAGUUACCUUCAAUGGUGAGAUCUGUCAGUGUGAGCUGACAAUUCCCCCUGUCCAGUGCAAUAUCAAAUAGAAACAGUGUUUCCCUGUAGAUACUUUCCAGUGAGGGUCCUCUCCAAGAUCUCUGGUAAAAGAGCCAAUGAGCAAAAAUAGCCCAUGAGGAUCUAAAAUGCAGCCCACAGAGACAUAUAAUCUUUGAUAUGGAGACAUGGCCCACAGAGACUGCAAGUCCCAGCAAGUGCUGCUCUAUAUUAGCCAGAAAACAGUAGUCACAAUCUGCCCCAUUUUCUACCUGUUAGAUGCAGUAGUCCUUAUUUGGGCAAACUUUGGGCAUCCCGCCUGUGAAAGAAGGGUUGAUCAAGAGACAUAGUCCUUAGGGAAUAUCAAUCUGUAAUAGCUCACUAAGUGCCAUGUUGAUAAAUAUAUGUCAUCUAAAGAGCUUUUCUAGCUACAAUUGGAAGACAAACUCUUACUUGGGUGUUUUGCUUUUUCUUCCCUCCCCGUUUCCAGCUGUGAGGCUUAAAAAAAAAAAAGCUUCAGAACUUUCAAAUGUUGCCCUAUGCACCUGUCCUUUUACAAUAAUCUCAUAUCCUGCAUGCAGAUAUUACUACAUUCCUUGUAGGCAGCUUCCUCCUUUGCAUGUAAAUGUAAAUGCAGGCAACACUGUAGAUCAAGGAACCCUGGGAGUCUGAUUUUCGUGCAGUGGGAAAUACACAGGUUCUAAACCGUGAGCCUGUAACCUCCUUAGAUGAAGAUCUAACCCAAAGAUGACGGCCUUAGCCUGGAAAACAGAAAUGUAUUUUGUUACAUUGUGUAAUCAUGUACAGAUUUUUUUUUAAUGUAAAGAAAAAAGUUGACAUUAUUUAUUAUUAUUUUUAAAAAGAAGUGUUUUUCCCAUUCUAAGCUUCUAAAACAUGGGAGUUUAACAUAAAUAUAAUUAUUAUUAUUUUAUUAAUGAUCUGUUGCUAUGUGACAGGUAUCUACUGUAAAAACAACCUGCUUUGAACAAAGAAAAAGUAUUUCUGAGAAAGAGGAUUUUGUGCAUGAUAACAGCAAGCAGCUUUCCAGCCGUGGUGUCUGAUUAGCCUUCUCUUCCUUGAAGUGUUCUUUGCCCUUGGACAAACUCCAUGCUAAAGUUUCUCAUCGUUGUCUUUUAAAAAUCAUUAGAGCACUGGCCAGGAAUAGCCCUAAUUAGAUGAAAUGGUAGAGCCAAACAAUUUAAAUUUAGAAAACCCAAAGAGGUUAGCAGCAGGCACAGAACUGUUGGCUUUGACACUUCAUAUUUUACUGAGGGCACUGGCAGCAAAUAUAAGAUGUUCUAAGAGCGCGUGUGCCAUAAAUAUAAAGGGAAGGGUAACAACCUUUAUGUAUGCAGUAAGAUAAAAUCCCUCUUGGCCAGAGGUACAGAAUCCCCUUGCCUGUAAGGGUUAAUCAGUUCAAUUAACCUAUUUGGCACCUGGCCAGAAGGACCAAUGGGGAAAGAAGAUACUUUCAAAUGGGGGGCCGGGAAGAUUUGGUUUUGUGCUCUGUGUGUGUUCUCUCGGGAGACAAAGAGAGAGACCAAGCAAGUAAUCCAGUUCCUACUGAAUGAUACCUCUAAAAUUACAGGAAUAGUAAGUAAUAGCAAGGAAAUGCGUUAGAGUAUCUUUUGUUUUAGCUUGUGAAUUUUCCCUAUGCUUAGAGGGAGGUUUAUCCCUGUUUUUUGUAACUUUAAAGUUUUGCCUAGAGGGGAAUUCUCUCUGUUUUGAAUCUGAUUACCCUGUAAAAUUACCUUCCAUCCUGAUUUUACAGAGGUGCUUCUUUUACUUUUUUUUCUUUAUAAUAAAGUCCUGUUUUUUUUAAGAAUCUGAUUGGGUUUAGUGUCCUAAAAACCCAGGGAUUUUGUCUGUGCUCACCUGUACCAAUUGGUGAGGAUAUUAUUCUCAAGCCUCCCCAGGAAAGGGGGUGAAGGGGCUUAGGGGGAAUAUUUUGGGGAAUAGGAACUCCAAGUGGUUCUUUUCCUUGAAUCUUUGUUUAACUCACUUGGUGGUGGCAGUGAAUACCGUCCAAGGAUAAGAAGGGACUUGUGUCUUGGGGAAGUUUUAACUUAAGCUGGUAGAAAUAAGCUUAGGGGGUCUUUCAUGCGGGUCCCCACAUUUGUACCCCAGAGUUCAGAGUGGGGAGGGAACCCUGACAGCUCAUGAGAGACACAAUUUGAGAUAAAUACUGGUUCAUCACAAAGGCCCAGGUAUAGGUUGGCUUUUCAAAAGUGCUCAGGAUUGGCCUAAUUCUGCUCCCAUUGAAGUUAAUGAUACAACUUCCAUUGACUUCAAUGGGAGAAGGGUUAGGCCAUUGCUGAGUGCUUUUGAGAAAAUCAUCCCCAAGCAACUUUACUCCUGUGAUUUAGUUCUCAGUGAAACUUUUCAUGUGAACAGUGUUUGCAGGAUUGAGUUCUGUGACAGUAGCCCAAGCAGUGUUGGGACCUUGCAUUCAUCCUAAGUGGCAAACAAACCAACGAAAAACCAAGUAAACCCUUUUCUCUUUCCCCAUAAAAAGGCACUGAAAAAGAUCAGUGGAAGAUUUCUGUGAGUGAGAUGAGACCCGUAGCAUGGUGACAUGUGCAAUCGAGUUUCAUUUUUCCUUCUUUCGCUCUUGGAGUAUUAUGUUUUCCUAAUGUAUUCUAAUGUGCUUUAAGAGUAUAUCUCAUCUUAAUUUAAAAUAAAAUCCAGAACACUGUUUUACUCACUCAUGGCAAAUGUGCAAGGGGGUUCUAAAUGGGACAUUUGAUUCACAAGCCAAAAUAAUCAGCCGCUCUGAAACAAGAAGUACUCCUGUUCUAAAACCUCAUAGUACAUUUAGGAAAUGUAAAUGUCCAUGAUUUGGGUCACUUCUGGCUAAUGACUGGUUGGUACCAAAGUGUAAGAGGUUUCAUGUAAGUUAACCUGUCACUAGCCACUUGGCAGCUAUUAUUUUAUAACUACUCAAUAGUUUCAGCAAUGCUUCUCUGGUCAAAGUAAAUCAUAUUUUCAAACACCACAGCAAUGUAGUGCUUCUCUGGAGAACAGGAGGUCUCUUGGUUGGAACCAAUCCUUGUUUUUCUCCUUCUCUGAAGUUUCAGUUGCUGCUCAUUGAUUGACUUCCGUGGUUUGUGAGUUCAUAAUUUCAAUGACCAUUCUGGGUAGUGAUUUCCAUGCCACUUUGGAGCACAGGCCCGGAGACCUGGUCUCAAUCUGAUUCAGCAUAGCAGAAGUACGGUGCUGAAUAGUAUGUAAUGCAUAAGCCAUUGAAAAAAAUAAAAUUCCUCUAUGUAUAUUA